UUCACUUUCUUCAUUUCUUUAUCCGAGAGAGAGAUGGAAAAGGCAUUACAAAGGGGAAAGUGAGAUCUUUAUCUGAGAGAGACGGAAAAGGCAUUGCAAAGGGGAAAGUUCAUUGUUGUUUAUUGUUGGAUGCAUAGAUCUAAAAGAAGAAAAGACUACACAAAGAAGUUUAGAUCGUUGAUUGAAGAAAAAUCUGAAAUUUGACAAUGGUUGAUCCCAUGCUUCAUGACAUACUAGUACACUUUAAUGGUUCUGUAAGUCACAUUUUGAAUGUUAAUCCUUACAAGCAUAACUACAUGCAAUUGUUGGCUGAUGCUUGUGAAGCUGCACUCACUAAUGUACCUGGGAAUUUUGGUGUGGGAUUAAAUUUGUACUUUACAAACACACACUAAGAGUAAGAUGGAGGUUAAAUCUGAUCAGGAUGUCAUUGAAAUGUUUAGUUCAAAUUAUGGUAUUAAGGUGAUUAAUAUGUUUCUGGAACUUGAUCGACUUUUACCUUCAUUUGUCGUAACUGAUACUCGUACUAGUGGAGAGGGACACGUGAGUAGUAGUGGCACAAGUACAAGAGGUGGUGUGGUUAGUAACAUUGGAAAUAGAUUGGUAGUAUCUGAUGAUUUAUUUAGCAAUGUGGAUGACUACAAUGAUGUUGAUUGGACUGAGUUAGGGGAUUUUGAAUUUAGUGAAGCAGAUGUUGAUGAAGAAAAUGCUUAUAUCAUUAGUGAUGAGGAUAAUGAGGACACUUCAGAUAAUGAUGAGGGUAGCAAUGGGUCAGAUAAACCAAUUGAGGCUAAUGAUGAGGGGAUAUCAGACUAUGAAUCUGAUGAUAUAGGAGGGAAUUAUUCGACUGAUGAAGAAGAUGUGCAAGGUGUUAAUGUUGACAGAUAUAUGAGGGGGAAAAUGUUUGAAAUAAAGGAAGGUGAUAAAAUAACAUUGGAGAAGGGAAUGAUAUUUGAUGAUGUGUAUCACUUCAGGACUGUGCUCCAGGAAUUUGCAAUUGAAAGAGGUGCUAAAUUGAUUAAAAUAAAAAAUGACAAGAAAAGAGUGACUUGCAUAUGUUCUUCCUCGAUGUGUGAAUGGAGAAUUCAUGCUUCUCCAUUACCUGAUGGGGUGACAUAUAAUAUUAAGACAUUGGGCCUCGACCAUACAUGCGUUAGAGUAGAAAGGAAUACUGAAGCAACAUCAUCUUGGAUUGCUAAGAAGUUUGAAAAAACUCUUAGAGGGAAUUCGGGGAUCACUCUAGAGGCAAUGCAUGAUGAAAUGGCAGAAAAUUAUGGAUUGGAGACUACAAGGAUGCAACUGUACAGAGGAAAGAGGAAAGCCAUGGAGGCAAUUGAGGGUAAUCAUGCAGAGGCGUACACCAAACUUCCAAUGUAUGCUGCAGAAGUGUUGGGUGGACCAUAUUACCAAACUUCCUUGCUCACCACAGGUUUUUGAAUUGGGUGGGCUACUAUUUUAUUGACUUGUAACGUUUUUGUUGGACAAGAAUUUGUAUCUGAAUGUGUAAUGUAAUUAAGUAAAUAUUUCAAACUUGUAUUUUGGUGGACAUGAAUAUUUCAGACUUGUAAUUAAUUUUGUUGGACAUGAAUAUGUAAUUAAGUUAGUAUUUCAAAUUUGUGUAUCUGAAUUUUUAAGCUAAUACUUC